AUGGGAGAAGAGUGGAUUAGGCGAGUGAUGGUGGAUCCUCAAGAGCUACAGGUGCUCCGGAAGCAGUCGCCAGCAUUCAAGAGUCGCCAGCGUUCAAGCGCGGAGGCCGGGCUGCCGUCGGCGCUGGCCCGCAUGGAAUUGACCAUGGGCAAUGUGCAACGAUGGUCUGACUUGAAAUUGCUGUCCACAAGAGUCAGCAGCUGCCUGGGGAAUGUGGAGCCGCCAUGGCUCAAGGCUGUGCGCGUGCAAUGGUGCUGGCCAUAUGAAAUGCUCACGAAGCAGCAAUACGCAGACCGCUGCCUCAUUGUAGUGGGCUGUGGCGGGGAGGCCGACGAACUCCUUUGCAAGCGGCGCUUAUCAGCAGGCGGACGGCUCGCACACAUCACUUGCGAAGGCGAGAACGACCCGCGUGUCAGCGUGCACCAGAGGGGCCAAUUAGGGAGAUCCUUUUUCUGGCAGCCGCCAGCCCUCGGCGUACCAGUCUCCGCCUUGGGAAAGAAAAUCGGGGCAUUGAAGCGGAGGCGAUUUACCAAGACGGGACCGGACGCUGUGGCACUGCGAGACGACCAGACGCUGACCAUCUAUGAUCAAGGAGGGGAUCUGCGGCACCUGCGCGUCUUCAACGAUGAGGGGGCCUGCGAGGUGGAGAUGUCGGGUGAGGUGGUACAUUGCCCCAGCCUCCAGCUGGCCCAGGACAUGGAUGUUGGUGUGCGCGACGAAUGCCUGAAGGCCUUCGGCACAUAUUCUUUCCGCUACCUUAUUCCCAGCAUUCUGAUCCAAUGCGCUCUACAGAUGCUACGGUUCAUGGCCAUCACCUACUUGGAAAGUUGCGCGUUGACCGACCCAGAGACAUUCUGGUGGAGGCCAAUUCUUCCCGCAGUGCAGUUUCUUUUUCUUGCGAACUUGGUGGUGUGCCACAUGUUCAAUGUGUUCCUCACCGGCGACGACAAAGUCUCCUGGGUGGAUCGAAUCGUUGGGAACCUCUCGGCAGCUAUCUUCUUGUUGGGGACAAUGUACCUGGAGCCCAGGCUGCCGCCCAUCUACGUGGCUCAUAGCGGAGUGGUGGGCUUGUUCAUAAGCCAGCCCUUCCUGCACUACUACAAAACCAUGGCCACGUUCCCUACGCGCCGCUUGCUGCCAAGUUUGAGGUGGGCCAUGUGCUGCAUAGCGGCAAUCCUCGGCGCGGCCAUUUCCAACACGGUGAUCGGGGUGGUGUACGGGGCCAUGCUGCAGACGGGCGCCAUGCCCUUGCGUGCCAGCCUCUUUUUGCCGUUGGCCACGGCAACGUGUGAGGUCUUCACCGUCGUGUGGGUGAAGCAUAGCUACAAUUGGAUCGUGUGGCCCAGAAGGAAGAUGAAGGACGAGGACGGCUGCGACGGCAAUGGCUUCGAGGGCUCCGUGCUGGGGGACAACUUCUUCCUGCCGGCGGCCACUUUGAUCAUGGCCGCCAACGCCCUGGCGGAGUCCAUCCGCAUGGCCGCCACCUUCAGCGUCGCGGCGUCCACCGGAAGCUAUGCCUGGACCCUCUCCGUGCCGCUGUCGAUGAUGCUGAAUGUUGCCACCCGCCUAGGUUGGAUGCGGUUUGUGCGCUUCGGCACCUUGAAGAGGCUUGGCUGGGUGCAGAUGGCCGUGAAAAUGUCGGGCCCGACCAGCUGGACUAUGCUGCAUGAGAACAUGAAGAUCUACGGGGGCUACAGUCGCUUUGCCGCCGUCUUGGCACUUAUCACCUCCAGAGCUGUCAUGAAGCACGGAGUCUCAGUGAACCCAAUCUUCAACGCCUCGGCCGGGUACGCGCUGCUGGCGAUGCUGGCCGCAGAGGUGGUGGAGGACUUCGUGGUGCUUUGGGAGCUAUUGCCCACUGCCCCUAUUCCGCAGGAGGUGAUUUGGAGGGAUGAGGCCUUCGACAAUUCAACCCCUUUGCAACUCGUGGCUGUUGAGCAUUGCCGCAGCAGCCUUGGCACCAACAUGGCGCGGAGUGCGAGGGCGAAACCCACCGGCGAUUCUAGUCGAGUUCAUCCAGACACCUUUAACUCGGUCUGCCCAAGCAUGCCUGCUGAUGCGAUGAUUUCUGUAGCCUCCCUGGGGCCACAUCAAGAGAGAUGGCGCUCUGUGACCUCGUGGCUUGGUCAGCCCAGAGUUUUGAACCCUGCCCUGCCCCUACAUGGCCUAAGGGAGCUGCCCUUUCACAUACAACUUGGAUCCGUAGGUGUCAUGGUAGAGGUUACGUUCGGGGUGCUCUUUGUGCUGCUCGGCCCGGGGUUUGCGCUUGGGCUUGUCGAAGACAGUUGUGCCAGCCGCGGCCAAACUGAUGCUGAGAGCCUUUUCUUUUGGAGCAUCCCACUUUCCUGCUGAAUCUUGGGUCCAGCCCGGGUAAAGCACAUGUUUGUUUGGUUUUCGCCUUGGCGCAGCUCUGUCAAAGCAGAGCGGGCGUCCUUCUUGGCACAGUUGCUGGCAUGAGGAUUCCUGUAGCCUCCUUGAGCCAACAUGGGGAGAGGUGGCGCUCUGUGACCUCGUGUCUGGGUCAGCCCAGUUUUGGCAGCGUGCCCUGCCCUUUCACAUACAACUUGGAUCCCCAGGUGUCGUGACAUGUCAUGAUGGACGUUACGUUCGGGGUGCUCUUUGAUCUGCUCGGCCCGGGAUUUGCGCUUGGGCUUGUCGAAGACAGUUGUGCCAGCCGCAGCCAAACUGAUGCUGAGAGCCUUUUCUUUUGGAGCAUCUCACUUUCCUGCUGAAUCUUGGGUCCAGCCCGGGCAAAGCACAUGUUUGUUUGGUUUUCGCCUUGGCGCAGCUCUGUCAAAGCAGAGCGGGCGUCCUUCUUGGCACAGUUGCUGGCAUGAGGAUUCCUGUAGCCUCCUUGAGCCAACAUGGGGAGAGGUGGCGCUCUGUGACCUCAUGUCUGCGUCAGCCCAGUUUUGGCAGCGUGCCCUGCCCUUCCACAUACAACUUGGAUCGGUGUCGUGACAUGUCAUGAUGGACGUUACGUUCGGGGUGCUCUUUGAUCUGCUCGGCCCGGGAUUUGCGCUUGGGCUUGUCGAAGACAGUUGUGCCAGCCGCAGCCAAACUGAUGCUGAGAGCCUUUUCUUUUGGAGCAUCCCACUUUCCUGCUGAAUCUUGGGUCCAGCCCGGGUAAAGCACAUGUUUGUUUGGUUUUCGCCUUGGCGCAGCUCUGUCAAAGCAGAGCGGGCGUCCUUCUUGGCACAGUUGCUGGCAUGAGGAUUCCUGUAGCCUCCUUGAGCCAACAUGGGGAGAGGUGGCGCUCUGUGACCUCGUGUCUGGGUCCGCCCAGUUUUGGCAGCGUGCCCUGCCCUUUCACAUACAACUUGGAUCCGCAGGUGUCAUGACAUGUCAUGAUGGACGUUACGUUCGGGGUGCUCUUUGAUCUGCUCGGCCCGGUUUUUCGCGUGGGCUUGUCGAAGACAGUUGCACCAGCCGCAGCUAAUUUAAUGCUGAGUGCCUUUUCUGUUUGGAGCAUCUCACUGUCCUGCUGAACUUAGUUAAGAAAGUUUCGCCUUGGUGCAGUCGCGGAA